AAAAAAAAAAACGCGGAAUUUGAAAAAAGGAGGGGUCCCAAUUUUGCAUAUAUAAAGGGCGGUCUUGAUCUUUUUUUCUGCCUUUUUUCAAUACUUGUUAACUUACAACUUUAAAAUGUCUGGUGGAAAAUCUGGUGGAAAGUCUGCUGCUGGCUCCAAGUCUCAAACUCGUUCUUCUAAGGCCGGUCUUCAAUUCCCUGUCGGUCGUAUUCACCGUCUCCUUCGUCGUGGUAACUACGCUCAACGUGUCGGUGCUGGUGCCCCCGUUUACCUCGCUGCCGUUCUUGAAUACCUUGCUGCUGAAAUUCUCGAAUUAGCUGGUAACGCUGCUCGUGAUAACAAGAAGUCUCGUAUCAUCCCCCGUCACCUCCAAUUGGCCAUCCGUAACGAUGAAGAAUUGAACAAGCUUCUCGGUCAUGUCACCAUUGCCCAAGGUGGUGUCCUCCCCAACAUUCACGCUUCCUUGUUGCCUACCAAGUCCAAGAAGGCUGGUGCUUCUCAAGAGCUCUAAAGAGUUUAUCGUACAUUCAAAUAGCAUUUAUUCUAUAAAAUUUGAUAUCCCCCAAAAAUCUAUUUUUCCUUAUUUAUGUAUAAAUUUUACAGCUACAAAAAAGAAGGACCUUCAACCCUAUCUUUUCUUUAUUUUUGGGCUUUAUUGUAAAUAAAUUCUCAUUUUAAAAGCGAAUUUUUUUUUGUAUCUUUUCUUUGUAGACUGUAAGCUUUGCUGAUUAUGAAAAUAGCCAAUCAAAUGGUGUAAACAUGCUGUCUGAUAUGCCAGAGAUCUUUAGGUACAAAAAUAGUAAGUUGGUGCCCGAUCGUACUAAUUCGUAUUAC